UCCCCGCCACCAUGAGCACUCCCCGGGCCUGACAGCCCCAGCCUGCCCCGGUGUCACCGGCUCAUGCUGCCCUGAAGUGUGGCUGCGUGCCCGAAGCUCGGCUUGGGAUGGUGUGAGCCCGGAGCCGCUCGUCGCCUUCCCACCACCCCUCACCGGCUCUGGCAGGAGCCGAGCCCGACAGCCGCUUGGAUGAUUUGAUUCCUUCCCUGCCCGAAAUYACUCCUGCCCAGAUGCAGUGGAUAAUAUUCAUGUUGCUGCUAUUCAUCAGCUCCAUGGAAAUGCUCACGCAGAACCGGUGGAAGAAGCAAGCGAGUGCCGGCCUGCUGGAAAACUGCACGGGCUGCGUCCUGUGCUCUGAGGACAACGGCUGCAUCACCUGCCACCACCGGCUCUUCCUGCUCAUCUGGAGGGACGGCAUCCGCCAGUACGGGAUGUGCGUCCACACUUGUCCCUCGGGCUACUUUGGCGUGCGGGGUCUGGAGGUCAACAGAUGCACAAAGUGCAGGUCGCCCAGCUGCGAGAGCUGCUUCAGCAGAGACUUCUGCAUGAAGUGCAAGGACAAGUUUUACUUGUACAAGGGUCAGUGUUUUCGGCAGUGCCCCCCCGGCACUGCGGCACAGCCCGGCACCCGCGAGUGCCAAGAGACGUGCGAGCCGGGGCCGUGGAGCGAGUGGAGCGCCUGCACCCGCGAGAGCCGGACCUGCGGCUGCAAGUGGGGUGUGGAGACGCGGGUGCGGGAUGUGCCGGAGGCUGCCCGGGAGGAGGGGACUGCCUGCCCCGCGCAGCUGGAGACCAGGAGGUGCCGCAUGAAGAAGCACUGCCCGGGAGAGAAAACUGAACCCAAAAAUAAAGGCAGAAAGCGACAGAAGAAGCCRAAGACAGAACGGCACACGGGCACCUAGCAGGCACCAGCUUGGGAGCUGGAGCACCAUGGCAGGAGCUCCCAACCAGCUCCUGCCACGGUGCUCCAGCCACAUCACCCCUGUUUUUCCAUCCAAAAAAAAAAAAAAAAAAAAAAAAAGUUGCACAAUUUUCUCUGCUCCCCCAUCCCCCUUUUCUUUUGAGACAAUUUAUGGCCUGAAAAACAUUUCCUUUUCAGAAAAUCUAAUUUGCAAUGUCUAAAGCAGAGCCCUAGGGCUUGGGGAGGGGGUGGCUCCUUUAUUCCUCUGGUCUUCCCUCUCUCCUGGCCUGCUCCAUCUCUUCCCUUCCUGCAGACGUGUGGGAUGGGGUUAGACCAGGGGUAGGACCCUGAGAAUGAAGCUGAUGCCUGCCUGGAUACUGUCCCUCAGGGCUGGAGAUGCCCUGGCUCUACAGGGUCCUGCUUUUAUGGGAGUGCUGGGGGGCACAGUGCACCACUGAGCUGCUCCAGGUGCUGGGCAGUGUCUGUCCCCCACCCUCAGCCACUGCCAUGGGAAGCAGCAGGGCUCCCAGGGUUGGGGUGAUACCAUUGCUCACAGCAGCCUAACCUGGAGCUCAGCAUCCCUGCCAGCACAACCAAGGGCCAAAUCCUGCUGUSCU